ACGGUGCGGAUCGGAAAAACUACUCUUCAUGAAAAACCUAAAAUAACAAGAAAAUUAAUUAAGAGGAAAGUGCAAAAAGUAACAUGGAAAUAAAAUAAAAAAAAAGACGAAACAACAAGUGUCAACUUUCAUCGAUUUUAGUUUUCUUCUCGUUAAUCCGGAAAAUGUUUACGUACUAAUCCAAAAAAAAAAAAAUAAACGAAGUGAUGAGGGAUUAUUACAGCAUGUUAAUAUCAUCGGCGACGCGCCAUUCUGCAAGUCAUUGUCAAUCCAUUAAUUUAAUUACCAAAGUGAUAGUUUCGUUCUGGUUUAUGUCAACUUUCUUGCUGGCGACAACAGCAGCUGCCAUAUCGGAUGAAAAUGUUAGCAAAAGUAUAAAUAUCAGCAUACCAAACAGUGAAUGGCACCCGCCGAAGAACUUUGAGUAUGUGACGCCAAUCAUUCAAACGCAAAUUCUGAAACGAAAAUGUCGACCAAUGCAUGUCGUUUUCCCCGGAGUUUUUCACGCAUCAGGAAGCGUUCGUAACAUAACUAUCAGUCGUCCUCCGGCGUUUCAUUAUGUCAACAUUGGAACUCCCAUGUAUAAAAAUCUAUCAGAAGAAGGUCAAUUCAAGGUCAAAAGUCAUCGAGGAAGAAUUUGCUUAAAAUGUCCCGGAGAAAAGACAAUGGUUGCUUCCAAAUACGAAGACGGCGUUUUAAUCGAUGGACCAAAGCUACAUUCGUGUGCAGGACAUAUUCUUUCGCCGUCGCAAUAUACCCUCGACACACUUUUCAGUCAAAAUUUCCGUUUUGGCUUGCCACAAGGAACACAUUCCUUCAUAGGACGCAUUCGAAAUGCAAAAACGAACGAAAUUGAAAAAGUUUGUACGUUACGUUACAAAGUCGUUGUACAAAAAUGCACAAAAUUUCGUUCGCCGGAUGAAAAUUUGCGAGUUUUUUGCGAUAUGGGCAACGUUUGGGGAUCAAAAUGUCGUUUUGGAUGCAAAAAUAAUGGAAAAUUAUCACAUAAUCGACCAAUUUAUUGCAAUGAUGAACUCAAGUGGUCUGGAGAACCUCCGAUUUGUAAAUAUGCGAAACCAAAAAGCUUAGAUGCGAAGCCUUUCAAUCCAGAACAAAGCUGCGAGUUACCUGUGCCGCCAACGGGCACAAAAUUCUCCUGUAAAACGCCCGUUUCGAGAGAAAAAUUAGGAAAAUAUAAUUUGUAUGUGCCCGAAGGAACAGUUUGUCGUCUGAAAUGCAUCGAUGACAACGUGUCAAAAACGAAAAUGCCAAAGAAACGAACGAAUCCCUAUUUUUGCUGGGAUGGACAUUGGAAUGCAACAAUAAAUAGACGAUUAGAAUGUUAACAACAUAUUUUUUAAAAAAUGACUAACUUGAAUUAAUUUUAAAAGUUUUGAAUUAAAAAGUGCUGUUUAAUGUAGAUAAUAUUCUUAACAAUUUUAAUCACAACGUAGUUAAUUAAAACG